AUGGCCAGCAUCGACUUGAACGUGGCUCCAGAGUCAACUUAUUCCGUUGCAGGGAAGCAGAUCAAGUUCAACACCGCCAAGGACAUCGAACCGUACUUGAGGGAAUUGAACGCGUUGAAAGAUGUCAAAAAAGUUGAUUUUUCAGGCAACACCAUUGGUAUCGAAGCCUCCAAGGCAUUGAGCGAGGCCCUCGUGGGCAAAGAUAGCAUCGUCGAAGUUGACUUCUCCGACUUGUACACUGGUAGAUUAAACACCGAGAUCCCGCAGUCAUUGCAGUACCUUUUGCCUGCAUUGUUGAAGUUGCCAAAUUUGAAAUUGGUCAAUUUGAGCGAUAAUGCCUUUGGUUUACAGACCAUCGAUCCCAUCGAUGACUAUAUUGCUAAAGCGGUCACGCUUGAGCAUUUGAUCUUGUCCAAUAACGGAAUGGGUCCAUUUGCAGGCUCUAGAAUCGGUGGCUCGUUGUUCAAGUUGGCCAGGGCCAAAGGUGACAAACCAUCGUUAAAGACGUUUGUAUGCGGCAGAAACAGAUUGGAAAAUGGAUCGGUGAACCAUUUGGCUGUCGGCUUGCGAAACCACAAGGAUUUGGAAGUCGUGAGGUUAUAUCAAAACGGGAUAAGGCCUGCGGGCAUCGCAAAGUUAAUCGAGAAGGGAUUGUCCCACAAUAAAAAGUUGAAAGUGCUAGACUUGCAGGAUAACACCAUCACGACAAGAGGAGCUAUCAAGUUGGCAGAAUCCGUUUCAAACUGGCCCGGUUUGGUCGAGCUCAACUUGAACGACUCCUUGUUGAAAAACAAAGGCUCGUUGGAGCUCGUGACAGCAUUCACCAAGGACCCUAGAGAAAGCUUGACUGUUUUAAAGUUGCAAUACAACGAAUUGGAGCCCGAUAGUUUGGUGGUGUUGGCCGAGGCAAUCGCUGAGAAGCUACCAAACUUGCAGCUUUUGGAGUUGAACGGGAACAGAUUCGAACAAGACUCGGAACACAUCACCAAGAUCAACUCCGUUUUCCAAGAGAGAGGAUUCGGUGAGUUGGACGAGUUGGACGAGUUGGAAGAACUCGAUAGUGAAGAAGACGAGGACGAGGAAGAAGAAGAAGAAGAGGAAGACUCGUUGGAAGAGGACUUGGACUUGGAACAAUUAGAAGAAGACCUUUCAGGACUUGUAGUCGACGAUAAGGAUAAAGGUGUAGAUGACAUUGCUGACGAGUUAUCAAAGACACAUCUUGAAUAA